UCAGAUUGUCGAUAUUUUAGUUUCAUGUGUGUUUCCAUCACAGGCCUUAAAACUUGCAUGACAAGUGGAUAUUCAUACAUUGAAGGAAUUGAACAUUUGCUUCUUUCCUUAAAGCAAAACAACUAUGAGAUGCAUGCUUUUACAAAUUAGCCCAUAUGGUAAGACAGUUGUUCUUAUUAUGAUUUUAGUUUUUUGGCUCCCCACAGUCUUCUUCAGAAUGUCUUGUAUUGUAGGUACCAACUGAUUGAAGACAAGUUAGAACUAUCAAAAUAUUUAUCUUGGACAUUUUGUUCGUGUACAUAUGGAAAGAGGAAGCCUGAUACUGAGUUCUUUAUGGAAGCUUUUGAACAUCUUAAAGUUGAUCCAGCAAAUUGUAUAUUUGUAGAUGACAGAAUGAGUAUUUAA